AUGUCCGCCGACCCACGACUACGCGCGAGGCAGCAACAGCAACAGGCAACGCCUACAGCUGUGCCUCCACCUCCUCCGCCCCCGCCCGCCGAACCCCAGCCUAUGGGCAUGGACGGUGCCGGCGACGCCCAGCCAGACCAGAAUGUAGUCCCCGACAACAGUUUCAAGCUAAAGUUUUGCACUGUGUGUGCUAGUAACCAGAACCGCUCCAUGGAAGCUCAUCUCCAACUGGCCUCAGCCCAUCUCCCAACUAUCAGUUUCGGAACCGGCUCCCUCGUGCGUCUGCCCGGCCCGACAAUCACCCAGCCCAAUGUGUAUCACUUUAAUAGUACCACCUACCGUGCCAUCCAUGAUGAGCUCGCCGAGCAAAACGCCGCUCUCUACACCAACAACGGUCUGCUCAACAUGUUGGGUCGUAAUUUAAACAUCAAGGGUUACCCUGAGCGCUUCCAGGACUGGGUCCCCGGCAAGCCUCGCCUUGACCAUGCCGAGGACAAGGGCUCCCAGGGUACUGAGGCUGGAGUAGUUGACGUCGUCAUCACCUGUGAAGAACGUUGUUUUGAUGCCGUGCUUGAAGAUCUACAUAACAAGGGCGGAAAGCUCAACCGGCCUGUCCAUGUCUUCAAUGUCGACAUCAAGGACAACCACGAGGAAGCCCUUGUUGGCGGCAAAGCUAUUCUAGAUCUUGCUCUCAGUCUGAAUGAAGCUGCUGCAAAAGAGCGUGAGAUACAUGGUGACAGCGGAUGGCAGUCUGGUGGCGGUGCUGCUCGUUCGGGCUUUGACGAGCGUGUCCCCGAGAUUCUCGCGACAUGGCAAGAGCGCUGGCCAAACAUGCCCGCGCUCUGGAGUCUUGCAUGGUUUUGA